AUGGCUUUCAAGUCGCGACCGGUUCUACAAGAUCCUGGGUACAGUUCGGUGCGGGAUAUCUGUUCUUCUCUUGGAUACAACUCAGAAACCAAGACCGACCGACACUUCAAAAUCUUGAGCACGAAGACUUCGAAGCAUCGUAAGAGGUUUGUGGAAUUGUGUCCGAAAUUGACGGAGUUCCCUCUUUCAAACGUCGCACCGGAAGUUCAGGCUUGUGCAUUACAAUUCUUGGAACAGCACCGCCACUUGUUCCAGGACUCUAGCGAGGCUCGCGCUUCACAGUGGCCGACAUAUCCUGCAGACACAACAAAGAUACUUUCUGGAAUUGCUACACUGAUGUGUGCUCAAGAAUACGUCCGAUUGAAAAACGCUAGAGACAAAGGGAUGGAAAAGGCUAACAAAGAAGCUGACAUUGACCCGCCUUUCGUCGUUGACCCGACUCCUUCAAGGUCGACAUCAAGCUUCGCAGGUGGAAGCGCGCCUCUAAAGAAUGGUGGAUCAAUGUUUGAUGGCCCUUCAAUCUGCGAGAGUGGCAGUGAUGACGAACAAGACGUGGAAGAAUUGCAGAGGAACAUUGACAUACAUCUUGAUUAUGUGUAUCCUCUAAACCAUUCGAUAGAUGGAAAAGCAAGUGGUUGGCUGUUUACCUCCGAAAAAUGUCCCGACGACGUCGAGCCCUUUGCAUUCCGAUACCUCCACGAAAACAACCUCUACAACUCGAAAGCCGAGAACAUCGAUGCAAUCCACAAGUUCACAAAAGCUUUAAAGCAACAUCUUCAUGUCUCAUGUGAGCCUGCGAAGGAUCACAAGGUCUUCAAGAGGUGUGAGCAGCUUGUGCAGCGGGCUGCUCGGAGAUGGGACGUAGGUGGGUACGGAAUACUAACGAAGAAAAACGGCAUAAUGAAGAAGACGCCACUGUUUGAGCACGCCUGGAUGCACCAUCGUAAAAGGUAG